UGACGCGACGCGGGCAGGUUGUACGUUCUGGCAGCUGCGUGCGCUUCUUUUAUUUUUUGUCUCAUUAUUUUUGGCGUCUUUAUAUUUCGGCGUGUGUUUUGUGUUUGUGUUUUUUUUUCUGGUUUUGUGCGAAAAGCCACAAAUAGAGCAACAAACGAAACAGUUUAUGCGUGUGCGAAUUGUUAUCAUUGAUGCAGAAGAUGAUAAUAAUCAUUUGAUUGGGCAAACUGUUAAUAACAUCAAUUAGCAGCAUCAAAUGCAAGUUGCGCAAAAAAAAGUCGUAAUUUGAGUGCAAAGAAAACCAUCGGAAAACAAAAAGAAAAAGUGCGUGCGACGAAGUGGGAUCUCAUCGAAGAAAAAACAUUUGGACACCCUUCAAGAGCUGCGCCUUUUGUCUUUUAUCCAGCUCUCCAAACUGUAGCGCACAGUUUUGCCUUUGUGUGCUGUGUGCGCUAAAAUGCAAUCCUAAGUUCAACCGGAAAGAGACAGUUCCAACGACCGAGUGAGCGAGAAGACAAAAGAGUUUGCCAGAUAGAGAGAGAGAGAGAGUAAGAGCGAGAGAGAGUGGGCUGUAGUGAAGUGACACUGAAGCCAGAACGCGGCUAACAAAAAAGUUGGCAACGCGAUGAAGCGACUGCUAAAGCUGCCGCUGGCGCUGGCCAUAAUGCUGAGUAUAUGCUUCGGCUGCUGCUUUAGUUCCAGCUCCAGCUCCAGUUCCAGUUCCAGUUCAAGUUCAAGUUCAAGCUCCAGCAAUCUGCUCGGCGUGUACAUUGAACGCGGUCCCGAAUCGGCCGUGGCGCCCAAGGGUGACGAGGUUGUGUUCGAGUGUGAAAUGAACCUGAAGCCGGAUCGACUCGAGUGGCGCUUCCGCUAUAGCACAACGGAAGCGUAUCGCUAUCUGCGCACCGCCGCCGGUUACAAUGUGACGAGCAGCAAUGAGGAGCGCACCUGGAAGCUGCGCAUCUAUGUGAGUGCGCAGACCGUGGGCGACUAUCAGUGUGUGGCCUGGUACGGUCCGGGUGCAAUUGCCUCGACUCCUGGUCGCCUGACGCUCGUCUCCAUUGCCGUGGACAAUGCGAAUGGUAAUGGUAAUGGGAAUGGAUACAGUCGACAUGCGGUGCGAUGGAGUGUGGCGCCCAAGAACUGUGUGCUGUUGCGUUGCGGCUCGGUCAGCUCACAGCCGCCGCCCAUUUGGAGUUUCUAUCGCAACGGCGAGAAGUUGCCGCAGUCCGAGCUGCUCUCAGGCGCUGCUGGCGCUUUGGUGCUCAACUCUGUGAGCGCCAAGGAUGCGGGCAAUUAUACGUGCGCGGCCACAAAUGUGAUUACGGGCGAGGAGUUGCGUCUGCCGCAGGUGAUUGAUUUGCGUGUCGAUUACACGGAUCGUACACCGCCGUAUUUCCUGCUCCAACAGCCGGCCACACAGCUUGCCGCUCGUCCCGGCGAGACCGUUGUGCUCGAGUGUCCGGGCGUUGGUUCGCCGCGUCCCAGCGCCGUGUGGAGCAGCCCCAAUGUGCCCAACAUCUAUCACAAUCGAUCGCGUGUGCUUGCCUAUGGACUCCAAAUCACCGAUGUCCAGCCCCAAGAUCAGGGCUCGUAUGUGUGCCGCCUGGACAAUGGCAUCGCACCGGUGCUGGUUCACAUGAUCAAGCUGAGCGUGCUGGAGCGUCCGCGCAUUCUGCGUGGCCCCAACUCGACGCUGACCAACGAGGGUGAUGCUCUCACACUUGAGUGCGAUGCCAUCGGACAUCCCCAGCCGCACAUCUAUUGGCUGUUCAACGGCGAGGAUGCCAGCUUGGAUAACGAGACGAGAAUCGAGCUCAAUCGCCUUGUGAUCCAUCAUGUACAAAAGCGGCACGCGGGCGUCGUUCAAUGUUUUGCCCGCAAUCAGUUGGGCGAGACCAGCGAAGGAAAUUUGUUGCGUGUGAAUCCGUUGCAGAUAAGCGGCGAAGACGAUCAACCGCUGGGCAAUGUUCCAUUGCGCUUUGAUCACGAACCCAGCCAUGGAUCCUCCUCAUCCGGAUCUUCGUCCUCUUCUGGCUCCUCGUCGAUGACGUCAUCGUCACGCAACAAAAACAAGCGCAAAUAUAUGAGAGUUGCCAACAUGGUGCCACCGUCAAGGCCCAACGUCACCCGGCUGGCUGACGACACCGUCAUGCUGCGCUGGAAUGUGCCCAACAACGACGGUCUCCCGAUUCAAUUCUUCAAGGUGCAAUAUCGUCAACUUGGCGGCAAUUCUCGCAAGAUUCCACGCGAAAGUUGGCAGACAACCAACGAUUAUAUUGAAUAUGGCAAACAGCAACGGGAUCACCAUCAGCAUGUGAAGAACUUUACGACAUCGGUGAACGGAUUGCGACCAGAUCGCAAUUAUCGCUUUCGCAUCGUUGCCGUCUAUUCGAACAGCGAUAACAAGGAGGGCAACACAUCCAUCAAGUUCUUCUUGCAACGCGGUGCCGCCAAAUCGAAUCUGCCCGUGCCGCAGCUGCAUAACAUCGAAUCGCACUCGGAUUUCGGCAUUCAAUUGCAUUGGACAUUGUCCUCGUCUCCGUUUCCGUCUCCAACCGCCUCUGCCUCUGCCUCCAAUAUCGAUGGUUAUUAUGUUUACUAUCGUCCCGCGGCUUCGGCGGACAAAUACUUUGAAACAACAGUUGAGGGCGGCGACGCACGUCAAUUUCUAAUCGAUCAACUCGAUCCUGACACCGCCUACGAGUUCAAGUUGCAGUCAUUCAAUGCGCAUGCCGCCUCCGAGUUCAGCGAGAUCAAACAGGGACGCACACAGAAACUUUCUGCUGGACACGCAUCAACAUCCGCCACGCCCGCCAUUGUGCCGCUAUCGAAGGCAACUGGGGAGGAUGAGCAGCAUUCCAUGUAUCCGGUAAUUGCAGGCGCCGCUGGCGGUGGCCUUCUGCUGCUCAUUGCCACAGUGGUUGCAUGUUUGUGCCUGCGACGACGCAGCAAUGCGCCACUUGAGGAUGAGAACAAGCCGCAAUUGGAUCACAUUCAAGCGGAUUUUGUUAGCUCCGCCGUGCUGGGCGUGGCACCGCAUCACAAUCACAAGGCUGGCGAUGUGCGUCGCCUCAACGGCGUCAUUCCACGCAUGAAUAUCACACCCAAUCCUCUGGCGCAGGAUCCAACGGCUGACAAGAAUCGUAAUGUGAUGGAGCUGCGCUUCCUCCCCCCGCCCAAUCCGGAUCAAUCGAGUCUCGCGGCAGCUGUUGCAGUUGCAGCUGCGGCUGUUGUCGUUGAUAUCGUUGACAAUGAUAUCGAUGCCGAUGCCGAUGCCGAAGCCGAAGCGGAUGCGGACAGUGAGCAUGUGGAACAGACGGGCGCUUCAUCCUCUUGCGAGACUUUGGAGGCUUGCGACUCGGCCACGCCCAUCGCCAACGCCAUCACAACGGAGGCGCCCAGCAAGCCGCUGCCACCGCUGCCGCUGCCGAAGAAAACGGCGGCAGCCAAGGCACAACAGCAGCAAGUAAACAACAAUGCUUUGGCUGUUGCGGCAGCUGCUGCGUUGCAUCAACCAGGACUGCAUCAUGCGCAGCCGUAUCAUGCCCCAGGCACGCCCACCAUGCUGCAGAAGCGUCUGCAGCCAGCGUCGCAGCUGCAAGCGCCUCCUGUGCCGCCGCAUGCCACAUACUACUCGCAACAGGCGGCAGUGGCAACAAGUGGCGCCUCACCUAUGCUGGAUCAACAGCGACGCACGCUGGAACGCAGCGUGCGCAGCUUGCAACAGCAGCAACAUCAUCAGCAGCAACAUCAUCAACAGCAGCAGCAGCAACAGGCGGCCAUGGGCUAUGGACUCGAGGAGGCGUUGGGUACGCCCACGCGCAUACCAUCGCUGCGACGGCAGCGACGUGCGUCGGGCAGUCAGCACAACAGUCACACCAAUCUCAACAAUCAUCACCACAACAACAACAAUAACAACAGCAGCAGCAGCAAUAACAACAACAACAAUAAUAAUAAUAAUAAUAAUAUGAACAGUAGCAACAACAAUUUGCCACAGCAUCUGCUGCAUCACCAGCAACAGCUGCAACAGCAACAGCAGCAGCAGCAGAUGAUGCAGCCGCAUCAUCAUCAUCAGCACCAUCAGAAUUACAACCAUCAUCACAAUCAUCACCAUCAUCAGAAUGGUGGCGUUGGCAUUCCCAUUGUGCCCGGCAGUCCGCGUGUCCAACGCUCCCCGAUGCCCGCCCGUGCUCUCAUCAAGCGGACGCGACUCGGCAGCCACACGGACAACAUCUCGUCGGGCAGCCUCAACAGCAUCGAAGUGUAGUCGAUGCACUUCAACAGCCGCAACAACCGCAACAACAACAACAACCCGCCUAGCUUUUAAGACAACUCGUGUUUUUUUUUAAUUAUUUAUUUGAUCACUUCUAGUUAGGAUUAGACUAAGUUUAAUAUUGUAUGUAGUGUUAUUUAUUUAUUUAAUUAACAACAGCAACUCGAAUACAUUAGCUAGUUGAAUUAGUUUGUAAAUGAAUCCUUAUCCCACACAUCCUCGCCUUAAAAUUACAUUUAAAAUACAGUUAGUUAGCGUUAAGUCGUUCAACUAUUAACGUUAUCUCGCUGCUUAAUUAUAGACAACUAAUUUAAUCAGUAAUUUUAUUUUUUAAACCACACACACGUGUACGUAUUUUAAGGUUUUACACAAUCUCCCAAAUUGACAACAAAAAGCAAAAACUGUAUUAAUAAAACAACAUAAUGUAAAGUCGCAUAAGCUACGUAAUAUGAAAUCAACACUUUUGUAUCCAGAAUAAAGCGAUGCUUUAUGGAAUCUAACUUCCAUCUCAA